AUGGCCGAGGCCAGUGUUGAACCACCAUCGCCGCCCACCCAGGGCUCCGCUCGUUCUCAGAAAACUGAUCGCAACGACCCCAUCCUGAUUGUCGGGGCGGGCGUGUUUGGCCUGUCCCUGGCGCACGAGCUCGUCGCGAGGAGGGGCUACACCGACGUCACGGUGCUGGACCGGGCCUUGCCGCCCGUGCCGGACGGGAGCUCCGUGGACGUGUCGCGGAUCGUGAGGAGCGAGUAUGCGGACCCGGUGUACACGCGGAUGGCGAAGGAGGCGAUUGUGCAGUGGCGGCGUGGUGGUGAUGGUGGCGAUGAUGAAGGCGGGUAUGCACCGUGGUACGACGAGUCCGGGUUCGUCAUCAUCGCCGAGGGGGAUCACCAUCCGUAUACUGCCAAGGCUCUCGAGGAAGGGAGGAAGAACACUGUCGUCGUCGCUGCGGAGGCCGCUGCUGGCAAGAACGGCAGCGAGACGACGACAGCGUCAUCGCGGGCCGAGGGUUUUACCGCCGCAGAAGCCGGCGCGAGGAUCACGGAGAUGUACCCGGCCGUGCAGGCGCACAUGCAGGGCUACUCGGCCGUGCACAACCCGGACGGCGGGUGGGCGGACGCUGCGGGCGCGAUCGGGGAGCUGGCGCGGCGGGCGAGCCGGGCGGGCGUGAACUUUGUCACCGGGCGGAGAGGGACAGUGGUGCGGUUGAAGUACGCUCCCUCCAGCUCGGAUGCGUACGCCACUGCUCCUGCUUCUUCCUCUACUGCCACUUCCACUGGAGGCGACGACUGCAAGGUAGAGGGAAAUCGGAAGGCCAUUGGCGUCGAGACCCUCGCGGGGGAGACGAUGCUUGCAUCUCGCGUGGUCCUCGCCGCGGGAGCCUGGACGAAUAAUCUCCUCCCGGGCGUCGAGCAUGCGUUCCUGGCGACGGGCCAGCCGGUGGCGUUUGUCCAGCUCACUCAGGCCGAGGCUGAUACACUGCGGCCCAGGCAUCCAGUCAUCGUCAACCUGUCCACGGGUGUGUUUUGCUUCCCGCCGACUCCCGGACCGGGAGGGAACGUGCUGAAAGUGGCGAGGCACGGGUAUGGUUUUGCUACGAGUGUGAGGCCUGGGCACAGCCAGGAGGACCACCUUCAGAUUCAACGACAGCACGAGCCGGAGCAGGACCCGCAGAAGCAGCAAGGAGGAGGGGGAGCAGGGGGAACUGAGAGGACGAUAUCGUCGCCAGCCAGAGACGCAGACAACUCCGCCUCGGGAUACCUCCCGGACGACGCGGACGCGGCGCUCAGGGAAGGCUUCCGCCAGUUCUUCCCGCAGUUUGCGGACCGGCCUUGGUCCAAGCGGCGGAUGUGCUGGUACACGGACACGGCCAAGGGAGAUUUUGUUGUUGACAACCAUCCGAGUGUCGAGGGGGUGUUCUUCGCUACAGGUGGCUCUGGGCAUGGCUUCAAGUUCCUCCCCGUGCUUGGCCGUUAUCUCGCCGACUGCUUCGAGGACAAAGCAAGUCCGGAGAUCAGGGAGAAAUGGCGGCUGCCUACGCCGCCUGAGGGUGAGACAGUAACGGCACUAUCAAUGAUUGGAGAUGGCAGCCGGGCUGGACCUCCUCUGAGGAGGUUGACCGAGGCAGAGCAGGCCAAACUGUGA